AUGGCGACGGAGGGAGGAGGGAAGGAGAUGAACGAGAUUAAGACCCAAUUCACCACCCGGGAAGGUCUGUACAAGCUGCUGCCACACUCAGAGUACAGCCGGCCCAACCGUGUGCCCUUCAACUCGCAGGGAUCCAACCCUGUCCGCGUCUCCUUCAUCAACCUCAACGACCAGUCUGGCAAGGGCGACCGCCUCUGCUUCAAUGUGGGCCGGGAGCUCUACUUCUAUAUCUACAAGGGGUUCCGCAAGGCUGCUGACUUGAGUAAACCAAUAGAUAAAAGGAUAUACAAAGGAACACAGCCUACUUGUCAUGACUUCAACCACCUAACAGCCACAGCGGAAAGUGUCUCUCUCCUAGUGGGCUUUUCCGGCCAAGUCCAACUUAUAAACCCAAUUAAAAAAGAAACUAGCAAACUAUUUAAUGAGGAAGUAGAGGAGAGGCUGUUGGUAAACACGAUCUGGAAGCAGCUCUGGCUGAGGAUGGCACAGAAUGCCACUUAGAGAACAAGAAAGAGACUAAUAGACAAGGCACGCGUAACCUGUGUCAAAUGGGUGCCCGGCUCGGAAAGCCUUUUCCUAGUAGCCCAUUUGAGUGGGAACAUGUACUUGUAUAAUGUGGAGCACACUUGUGACACAGCCCCCCACUACCAGCUUCUGAAGCAGGGAGAGAGCUUUGCUGUGCACACUUGCAAGAGCAAAUCCACGAGGAACCCUCUCCUUAAGUGGACGGUGGGCGAGGGGGCCCUCAGCGAGUUUGCUUUCUCCCCAGAUGGCAAGUUCUUAGCGUGUGUGAGCCAGGACGGGUUUCUGCGGGUGUUCAAUUUCGACUCAGUGGAGCUGCAUGGUACGAUGAAAAGCUACUUUGGGGGCUUACUGUGUGUGUGCUGGAGCCCAGAUGGCAAGUACAUUGUGACAGGUGGAGAGGAUGACUUGGUGACAGUCUGGUCCUUUGUAGACUGCCGAGUAAUAGCUAGAGGCCAUGGGCACAAAUCCUGGGUCAGUGUUGUGGCAUCUGAUCCCUAUACUACUAGCGUAGAAGAAAGCGACCCUAUGGAGUUCAGUGGCAGUGAUGAGGACUUCCAGGAUCUUCUUCAUUUUGGCAGAGAUCGAGCAAACAGUACACAGUCCCGGCUGUCCAAGAGGAACUCUACUGACAGCCGCCCGGUAAGUGUUACGUACCGCUUUGGUUCAGUGGGCCAGGACAUGCAGCUGUGUUUGUGGGACCUUACGGAAGACAUCCUUUUCCCUCACCAACCCCUCUCAAGAGCAAGGACACACACUGGGUCCGCGGUGCCCCAACAACACACAAAUGUCAUGAAUGCCACAAGUCCUCCCGCUGGAAGUAAUGGGAACAGUGUCACAACACCUGGGAACUCUGUGCCCCCUCCGCUGCCUGGGUCCAACAGCCUUCCUCACUCGGCGGUCUCCAAUGCAGGCAGCAAGACUCUCUCACUGCAAGACCGGAAGGAGAGACACCAUGAGAAAGACCACAAGCGAAACCAUAGCAUGGGACACGUUUCUAGCAAGAGCAGUGACAAACUGAAUCUAGUUACUAAAACCAAAACGGACCCAGCUAAAACUUUGGGAACGCCCCUGUGUCCUCGGAUGGAAGACGUUCCCUUGUUAGAGCUGCUGAUCUGUAAAAAGAUAGCACAUGAAAGACUGACUGUAUUAAUUUUUCUUGGAGACUGUAUAGUCACUGCUUGUCAGGAGGGAUUUAUUUGCACAUGGGGAAGGCCUGGUAAAGUGGUAAGUUUUAAUCCUUAA